CGGGGCAAGCCCCACCCCCGGCAGUUAGAGAAUUAGGAAGUGGACUGUUCAUAAAGAAUCAGACAGAUAAAAAAGAGAGGAAGAGUUCGAGUUCAUUCAGAGAACAGGAGGAAGAUGAAAACGUCUGUGGUGUUUGUGAUCCUCUCUGUAUACUCCACAGCAGCUACAGUUGUUUUCAGUCCACCUGGUCCAUCCUCAUCUGUUCUUAGUCCACCCCGUCCAACCCUGCCCAUCCUCAGUCCACCAGGUCCAACCUCAUCUGUCCUCAGUCCACCCUCAUCAGUCCGUCUCUCCUCCUUUAACAUGGACAUGGUGCUCAGGUGGGAUCCACCUGUGGGAGCAGCAGGUGAGCUGAACUACACGGCUCAGUACAGGACGGUGCUGGGAAGGGAGCAGUUAUGGAUUUCAGCGUGUUUGUCCACCUCUCUGACUGAGUGUGUCCUCUCCUCUCCAAACGCCUCCAUCAGUUCGUUCGGUACAUACCAAGGACGAGUACAGAGUCAGCGAGGGGACGAGGUCUCCGAGUGGACAAAAUCUGACAACCUCACCCCGGACAGAGACACCAUCAUCGGGUCACCUGGCCUCUCUCUCCUUGCCAAUGGACGCACCAUGGAGGUGAGCAUCUCUGAUCCCAAUUUCACCAUGUCAUCAUUCAGGGCAGUUUACGGCUCACCGAUCUACAGCAUCGCCUACUGGAAGGACGGACACAAAGACGAUGCCAAAAACAAGACGGGCAUCAAUCAGAAUCCCGUGGUCUUAGAUAACCUUGAACCUCGGACCAGAUACUGCGUCACAGUCCAGAUCCACCCAGACAUGGACCGGGACCCUAGUAGACUGAGCAGAACGGUCUGUGAAAGCACUGCUGAUGGACGGGAGUCACCAUGGGUGGAAGCUGUGGUCUUAUUUGUCGUCAUCAUUAUAGCCAUGGCUUUGGUCGUGCUCACAAUCGUUUAUCGUAAAAGAAUCAAAAAAUAUCUGUGUCCGCAGAUUUCUCUAUCCUGGAACUUUGAGCCCCUGCAGGAUUCCACCAAGUCCGCCAUAUACCGAGCCAUGCAGGAGACUUUAACACAAAAGGAGGUGUGCCACCCAGUGGUGGUGAUUGCACACUACACUGCAGAGGACAAGGAGGAGGAGCAACCCAUACAGGCUGGAAAGUCAGAGGAGGAGAAACCUCUGAAGGCUGAAAGGACAGAGGAGGAGCACCUCCUCCAGGCAGUAAAAUCCGCAGAGGAGUGCCCCCUACAGGCAGUGGAAAUAGUGGAGGAGGGCCCCUUACAGGCUGAAGAGACAGAGAAGGAGAAACCUCUAAAGGCUGAAAGGACAGAGGAGGAGCACCUCCUUAAGGCAGUAGAAUCAGAGAAGCGCCCCUUUCAGGCAGUAGAAACAGAGGAGUGCCCACUACAGGCAGUAGAGACAGAGGAAUAGUACCCCCUACAGGCUAAAGAGAAAGAGGAGGGGCUCUACCCACAGGCAGUAUGUUGAGGCUGCACCUCAUAGGCUAAUGUCGCCAUGAUGAGAAGGACUGAGAGGUGUAAUUAGAGUAAAGAAAGCUGACUGGGUAUUUACCUGUUCAGUUUUUUUAAUGUAAAAUUUAAUACUUAAUUCUUUAGUCUUUGUUUGACUAUUUAAUUGUUUUUGUGAAUAUUUUUGAAUACUUCUGAAUAUUUCUUUAUAUUUUUGAAUAUCUGUAAAUCCCUGUGAAUAUUUGUGAAUACUUUUAAAUGUUAAU